UUUCUUCAAAAUUUCAAACAGAUGUGUUCUUUCAUUCAAACUCAGAUAAGAACACGUUAUAGAGAAGGCGAUUCAUGGUUACAGAGAACCCAAAAAGGAAAAAGGAGUAUAUUCUAGAAUGCAAAGCACAAGGACAGACCCAGUAAGCCAACUCAGUCAUCCAUGGAACUUCUAUUUCAGGGAACAAAGUAGAGUCCUUUGGUAAUCAUCUGCUAAUCUCCACAGAUGGUUUUGCCAAUCUUAUACAUCACUCUCUUCCUUGCCACUUUCUCUUCUUCCUCCUCUGAUAACAGUUCUGCCGUCAUAAUUCUUCGUAUCUGCAGCAACACCACAGUUGUUGAUCCUGAAUCCUUUGACGUGAAUUUUGUAGAUUCCAUGGAAAUUAUCUCUCAAAAGAUUGCAGCAACAGGAUUCGGUAUCUCAGCUUCUGGGGAGAAUAUCUCUGACCUUGUAUAUGGCCUUGGGCAAUGUUACAAUUACCUUUCCAACAUAGAUUGCAGACUAUGUUAUGCAGAGAGCAGAGUGAAGCUUCCCUUGUGCCUUCCUGCAACUGUUGGGCAAGUCUACCUUGACGGCUGCUACUUACGUUAUGGAAAUUAUAACUUUUCUCAAGAAGUUAUUGGUGAUUCUGAUACUUUUGUUUGUGGGUCAUCCAAGAACGUAUCAGAUGAGACACGAUUCAGUGAUUUAACAACUCAAUUGGUUCAGAAUUUGACAUCAGAAGCUUACCAACAGAUGGAUUAUUAUAAAGAGGGCAGCGUUUCUGUGUCUUCUGGUGUUUCAGCGUAUGGGAUUGCUCAGUGUUGGAGGUCAGUGAAUAAGAGUGGGUGCAAGGAUUGCUUGGAGAGCGCAAGGAAGAAUAUUGUUGGGUGUCUUCCUGGUUCAGAUGGAAAAGCUUUAAAUGCUGGCUGCUUUGUUAGGUAUUCAACGGAGCCGUUUUACAUGAACGUGUCCUCACAAAAUGGUUCCUCCUCUGUUGCUGGGAAUCGUUUGAAGGUUGUACUGGGAUCAGUCUUUGCUGUGGUUGCUGUAAUAGUAAUAGGAGGAGCUAUUAUUAUUCUCUGGGCAAAAAGAAGAUCUUUCAGCCGUUUUAAUAAUCCAGAUGGAUCUUCAGAAAUAAUCAGAUCAAUUUCAGAAUCUCAACUGAGUUUUAAGUAUGAUGUUCUAAGGAAAGCUACCAAGGAAUUCGAUGUGGGAAAUAAGAUUGGCCAAGGAGGUUAUGGAACUGUUUAUAAGGGAAUUCUACCAGAUGGGAGGGAAAUUGCAGUGAAGAGGCUGUUCUUCAACACAAGACAAUGGGUGGAUCAGUUCUUCAAUGAAGUAAAUCUCAUCAGUGGGGUUCAACAUAAAAACCUUGUCAAACUCAUUGGUUGCAGCAUUGAAGGUCCUGAGAGCCUCUUGGUUUAUGAGUAUCUCUGCAACACUAGCCUGGACCGGUUCUUAUAUGAUCCAUUGAGGAAGAAGGCUUUGGACUGGGGUAAGCGAUUUGAUAUCAUCGUCGGCACGGCAGAGGGGUUAACUUAUCUCCACGAAGCUUCCGAGAUUAGAAUAAUCCAUAGAGAUAUAAAGGCAAGUAAUAUACUUCUGGACGAGAGAUUAAGGCCCAAGAUUGCAGAUUUUGGUCUUGCAAGGUAUUUUGCCGAAGGUCAGAGUCAUCUCAGCACUGGCAUAGCUGGAACUCUAGGGUACAUGGCUCCUGAGUAUGUUGUCCAUGGCCAGCUAACAGAGAAGGCCGAUGUCUACAGUUAUGGAGUACUCAUCCUUGAAGUGCUCACUGCCCGGAAAAACACUACUUCAAUGUCAACAACUGUAGGGCACUACCUUAUGUCACAGGUAUGGGAUCACUACACUUCAGAGACUCUCAUGGAGAUGCUAGAUCCAGCUCUUCAAGGUCAGUGCUCAGAAGAACAGGUUGUAAAGGUGUUCACAAUAGGACUACUAUGCACACAAGCAUCGCCUAGUCUUCGGCCACCGAUGAGGAAAGUGGUGGAGAUGCUGACCAAUAUGACAAGGGACCUCCCACUCCCCACUCAACCUCCCUAUAUCAACGUUAAGGGCGUGGAAGCCAUGAAUGAAGGAUGUGAAACUUCCUCCUUGUUGUCAUCAUCAUCUAAAAACCCUGUCUCGACGAACCAGAUGUCCCUGAGUAUUAUGCAAGGAAGAUGAUCCAUGGGGUUGGAUUCUAAAUAAAAAUCUCAGGGCAAUCAGUUGCAAUUUUGCUGCUUUCACUCUUCUUUUUGCAGUGAAAGUAAGAUGUUGCCUAAAAAUUUUCCUUU